AUGUCAACAUCUAACAAAAUCUUGUCAGAGAAGCCAACUGAUUUGGAGUUGCAAGUUGCUCAAGCAUUCAUUGAUUUGGAAGCACAAGCAGACUUGAAGGCAGAAUUAAGACCAUUGCAAUUCAAGUCUAUUAGAGAAAUCGAUGUUAGUGGAGGUAAAAAGGCUUUGGCUAUCUUCGUCCCAUGCCCAUCAUUGCCAGCUUACAGAAGAGUUCAAACAAGAUUAACCAGAGAAUUGGAGAAGAAAUUUCCAGACCGUCAUGUUGUGUUUUUAGCUGAAAGAAGAAUCUUACCAAAGCCAUCCAGAAGAUCAAGAAAACUCCAGAAGAGACCAAGAUCAAGAACUUUGACUUCUGUCCACGAUAAGAUCUUAGAGGACUUGGUUUUCCCAACUGAGAUCGUCGGUAAGAGAAUUAGAUACUUAGUUGGUGGUAACAAGAUCCACAAGGUUUUGUUAGAUUCUAAGGAUUCUACUGCUGUUGACUACAAGUUAGAAUCAUUUCAACAAUUAUAUGCGAAAUUAACUGGUAAGCAAGUUGUUUUCGAAAUCCCAGGUGAUUCUUUUUAA